AUGCUACACCUUCUCACACUCCUCAUGCAACAUGUGAUGCUACAUUCGAAGAAGCCCAGUCUACGUUCAGUAGCUGUGGCACACGGAACAACACGUUUACUAUGGCCUCGGCGUCAUGCUUCAUCCAAUGCGUCCACUGGCCAUCGGAAAGGGUACCGCGAAGCCCCGCCAGCCAUCUCUGCAAGUGAGCCUACGAUCAUCUCCGAGGAUGGCACGCGAACACUGCGAACCCGCAAGAAUGGCAGUAGAGCACUUCCAAUUCCAGAAAUUCUGGAUCCUCUAUACCUGAAAGCACGUCACAAGUACAGACAGCCCAAGGAUGGGCAGACUGCCCAGACGAGCGGUACCUCCGAGCCACGAAGUGUGACACCCUUUCAGCAAGAACUUGCACUCAACCCAUAUGCGCGAGCUCUAGAAACGCCUAUUCGGCAAUGUGCUUUGACCAGAACAAGACUGCCCAGCGAUCUCCUUCUUCCUUUUGGCCUGUUUAUGCCACGACAAGGCGGUAGCGAACCAGGUCCCACAAAGCCUUAUUUCAGACCGCUCAAAGGAUACGGGUAUCGUACUGUUCCUCCACCAGGUCUGAUAGGACACGUAUCCUGGGUGCUCGCGAAGAAUUCGGUGCUGCAAGCUUUGGGGGCUAAGAAAGGUCGAGGCAAAGGUGGUGGAUCUUGGGUGAGACUUGCCGAUCAGAAAACGAGAGACGACUAUGCGACGUUGACGAACAAGUCUGGAGGAGGUAAUGUGAAGCCUGUAGCUGAGUGGCAGUGGGAUACGCAGAUGCCGGAAAAGGUCCUGGAGAUCUUGAGAGGAAAUGUCGUCUCCGGUCUCAAGUACGCGCACCCACAUGGCCUUAUCAAGAGGCUCGACGAGGUCGAAAUCAAAGAUGCAUCUGCCGUCGUGAGAUUUAAAGGGACAGAAUUGGAAGGCGGGACUGUGAACUGCUCCGCAGAGAACUGGGUCACUGAUAAGUGGACUGGUAUACCAAAGUUUGACCUGACGAAGCUAUGCGAGGAGUCCGAGAGAGACUAUCUCAUAUACAAGCUAGGCAUCGAGGACGAUGUCAUGGUGAUAGUCAAGGACUUGAAGAGCCUGAAAGCGGUCCUGGCUCUGGAAAAGGCUCAGAACUAUGUCGACAACUGA